UAGUAAGCCAGUGAAGCCGCUCAGAAGAUGACGACGGUGACGUUGUGCCUCCAAAGAAGAACACAAACGCAACAGAAAUGAGAGGUCAAACCACGCAUCCAUACCACCACUGUGUUGAGCUUUUGUUGGAAAGCAUCGAUCAAGAUGAGUGAAUCCAAUGGAGCUACCCACAGCUUUUCUGUCGGAGGCGCCUUUUUAUCGGAAGCGGAAAAGGCCGCUUUGGAAGCGACUGCCAAUGCCAUUGCCACUCACGGGAAAGGAAUCACUGCUUGCGAUGAAAGUCCCGGUACCAUUGGCGGUCGCUUUGAAACCGUGGGCAUUGAGAACACGGCAGAAACUCGUCGUCGGUACCGACAAAUGCUGUUCGAGACACCCAACGUCGAGAAGUAUCUGAGCGCCGCAAUCUUGGACCCCGAAACACUCACCCAAACAAGCAGUGACAACGGUGGAAAGCCAUUUCCACAAGUGUUGCAAGAAAAAGGAAUCGUUCCGGGAGUCAAGCCACAUCUCAAAGUCUACACUCUCCCUGGUACUGGCGGCGACACGGUAAUGCAGGGGCUGGACAGUCUCGCAGUCCGAUGCAAGCAAUACUACAAGGAAGGAGCCAGAUUUUGCAAAUGGCGCUCCCCGUUGACCAUUGACAAACAACGGGGACGUCCCACCACACUGGCAAUUCAAGCCAACAUGCGAGAUCUCGCCAGAUACGCAUUGAUUUGUCAAAGUGAAGGAUUGGUGCCAAUUGUAGAACCGGAUGUGUCCCUGACUGGGUCGCACACAUUACAGGAAGCGGUGGACGUGAAUAUCCGAGUCCAAUCCGAGCUCUUCAAGGCCAUGAUCCACCACGGAGUCUUCAUGGCAGGGACCAUUCUGAAGAGCAACAUUGUCAAUCCUGGGAGAGACUGUCCCCAGAGCUACAGCGUGGAAGAGAUUGCAAAAGCAAAUGUCUUUGUGUUUGAACAAUGCUUUCCAGUGGCCAUGCCGGGGGGCAAUUACCUGUCGGGAGGACAAACGUUGAAAGAAGCCACAGCUCGUCUCAGUGCCAUCAACAAGGCAAACAAAAAGGGGCCGUGGAACCUGAGUUUUAGUUUUAGUCAGGCAUUGCAAUUGCCACUACUCGAACUUUGCCGGGGCAAGAGCGGUGUUUUGCAAUUAGAAGCCAUGGGCGAACUCUACAUCCAAGAGCUCAAGAUUGCUAGCCUUGCCGCCAAAGGGCAGCAUGAGUGGGGAAAGGGCGAAGGUGACCACGUUGGGUCUGAUAAACGAGAUGCAAAGAGACAAAAAACAUCCUAGCUAGGCUAGCUUUCCAUUUACAUAGCUCCACUGCAUGUUUUC